AUGGUAACAGCACGGGAGGAUAAUAUGGGGUACCUGAUGAUCAUAGACAUACUCUCAUACUCGGGUAGUUCGCACCAAUCUGAUCUAGGCAACUUCCAUAGCUACGACCUAUGCACUUGGCCUUUACCUUGCACCAAGCAUGGUAAAGGGCUGCGAAUGUUUCGUUCUUCGCCAGACAUCGAUAUUGACCACGUCGAAGCCAAAAUACCCAGGGGAAAGAAAACCGGAGUCACCAUCGCGGGCAGGUCAUAUUCCGCUAGGCGCCUGAAGCUUCACCUCGUCCACCACUCGUUCAACCACCUUACAGACACAGGGUUUUGGACGGCAGUACAGAACGGGUCGCAUUGCGCCAACGUUCAUCAGACCAUGGAGAAAGCUCAGGGCGAAAAAGAGAGCUCAUGGCUCGGAACGCUCAUGGACUACGCCACGCUUUCGUCAGGCCAUGCUACGAUUCUCAGGUACAUCUCGGGCUUUUUCAUUCUACUGGGCUGCGUCUUCGUCCUCCCAGUUGUGUUCCUGAUUCUACUGGAUAUCGUGCUCUGGGUCGGCAGGACAUUCUGGAACAGCGUCGUCUGUCUAGGUGGAUACCCCGAGCAGCAGGUAGCGACAGAACAGGAGGUGUCAAACCCAGAUUUUUACCCGGAACUCGCCGUUGACGAUGUCGAUGCAUCCGCUGCAGUGCAUAUUCCAGACGACAGCCAGGCGGUUCGCAGGCGCCAAAUUCGGGCAAAAGGAGACAGCAACCACCCUCCAGCUUUAAGCUAGAGGUAAAAAAUAUUGUCUCCAAGGGAGGAGCCGAGAUCUUGGGGGUUCUUCUCGACGCUUCCUAACGGGGACAAUGUGCGCUGUCAUUACCUUUAUUCCUUUAGGGCCAGGGUCCGGCGUUGUUGGCAAGAAGGAGUAGCCCACUUCAUGUCUUCGGGGUAACUUGAAAGUAGAAGAAAAAAAAAUCCAACAAUAAUACUAAUGAGAAGUCAAGCGAGUGCGAUUCUGUAAUGCUUUGUUUUUCAGACUCGCAACUUAUUUCAAGUCCCUUCAGAAUAU